AUGAAUUUAAAUAUCUUUAUAAUAACUUCUUAUUCAUUUUUUGAUCAAGAUUUGGAGAAAUUAUUUUUAUGUAAUUUGAAAUAUCAAGAUUUUCUGAAAAAUUUUAAAAAUUAUGAGAAUUAUUCAAAAUUAUCAUCAAAUUACAAAUUAGACAAGUCAAAGCAUUGGAUUACAAAUGUGACUCAUUUAUUCAAAUUCUCAAGAGAGUUCAAGAAUUUCAUCAAGAGAUAUACAAAUUAUUAUUUAUUAAACUGUUUAAUAUUCGUAUCAAUAGAAUUUUUACCAGAAAAGAUAGCUUCAGUCGUAUUAGGUUUUAUAUCAUUUCAGACAUUUGUUGAUAAAUUUGGAACAGUUUUUUCAAUCAUAUUGGUCACAAUUUUACAAAUGUCAAAUUAUCAUUAUACUGUUUUAAUUUUAACAACAUUUUAUGGAUCUUGGAAUUUAUCUGAAGAUUUAUUAAUACCAUAUUUCAAUAAAAUACAUUUCACAAUGUCAGAACAAAAUCAAUGGUUAAAUACAAGAAAAGGUGUUUUAUUUGGAAUUGGAUUAGUUUAUUAUAUUAUGAUGCAAAAAUUCCCAUUAAUAUCGUUUAUCAUAUACUCAAAUGCAUUUUUCAACAUGGGGUUUCUAAUUACCAAAAUCACCAAUGAAAUACCCGAUAAUUCUAAAAGUCUAGGUACUUGGUCAAUAACAGAAAGUGUAUGGGACGGUCAUGAUAAAUUUUUGGGAGAGUCUUUAACUUCUUAA